AUGUCCAACACGGGUGCAAAUAGUUCCGUACCGGAUACGGCUGAUGAGCCCAGGAAAAAAGGUGCGCGAGGCGGUAAACGUUCGGUAACACACCUAAGUAAAGCUCAGCUAGCACGCAAACGUGCCAACGACCGAGAAGCCCAGCGAAAUAUUAGACAGCGGACCAAAGAGCAUAUUGGGAACCUCGAGAGAAAGGUCAAAGAAUUAGAACAAAACGGCCGAUCGGGUAGCAUGGAAAGAGUGCUCAAGCGAAAUCAGGAUUUGGAGGCCGAGAUUGAAAGACUUCGCGCUCAGUUAUCGGCAAGAGCAACCGGCCAACCUACGUCGCGCAUAUCAUCAGAGAUUCCCGAGGAGCUCUUGAUGCCAUCUAAAGUUGAGCUGGAAUGGAUUCCCGCAACUUCAUCGUGGAAUAACCCUGAUAUACCCUCUCAUUCCAAUGGCUCUUAUCCCUCGAGCGAGGCACCAUCUUAUACCCCCAACUCAUAUGAGGACGAGCAGCCCCAACCCUUAUACUCAUCAAAUGCUAGCCCUGUCUGGAACGAGCAAGUAGUCUUUGGAUCGAAUGGCUCCCAGCCCCUCUCGAAAUCUUCCCAGGCAUGGGCCUAUCAAAGCUCUUAUCCAUCCUCACGCUUCUCUUCUCCGGUGCCGAGUCAAACAAGAAAUUUCAGCGAACAGGUUAACCCUUCGUCGUAUACUCCCCCAUGCUGGCAGAGUCAACCAUCAAUUUACGCCUGGCAAAUGUCAACCAAAAUGAAAACUCCACAUACAUACAUUGAUCAGCUCAUGAUAAGCGUAUGA